AUGCUGGAGCCAAGUGCCAUCCACAGUUAUGAGGCACCAGCCUAUCGAAGCAACCCGCCCUCUCCCUCGGAAGGCCUGCCGCCGAGUCUGCCUUUCCAUUGUGCAGUCCUGGAGUCCGCAGAUGCUUGCGGUGGUCCGUCCCCUGCCCUGCUCCACUCUUUGCGGGAGCAAGGCUGCAAGCUCAUCCUCGCCCAGGUAGAGGAUGUAGAAGAGGAGGAAAGAAGUCCGCCGAGGGAAAAAGUCAGUGCGGACAACAGCCCUUUCAAGCGAAACAGCGCGCCAAAGGCAUACCGACCCACAUCUCUAAAUCGGGAGUGGUUCGAUGCUGUGUUUGAUAAGGUGCUGCCCAUAACCGGCGAAGAGGGUGGAGGAAACAGUCCUCUAGAGCGCUUCUUUGCCGAUGAAGGCACGCCUUCAUCGCAAGCCGUCUGUUUCGCGUGCUCCGAUGCAGGGUCCAAGGCAUUUGCUGCUAUGGACGCUGGCCUUGUUCUCGCUCCGGACCAUGAUUUGGUGUGGCGCAGGACCGAGGAGGAGGAUGCUAUACAGUUGCCGGGGGCAGACUGUGCCUUGUCACAAAGCCCUACGGCGCGACAGCUGGCAUGGCUUCACGAGGUCUUUACUCAGAAGCUGUGGUGCUGCUGCAUGUGGCUUGCACCAGCUCCCGAAGAGCUUCGCCACAACGCUGGACUACCUAGCGACAGCCCCUCCGCCUACGAGCGUGCAACGAUAACGUCCGUGGCAAGCGGUACAUUGCAAGCGCUUGGCCAUCCGCCAUGGUCUUCAAAGUGGGAGACCUUUUUGCAGGAAGGGGAAGAGACCUAUCCUUGUAUGGCCGUUCUCGGUGAUGAAAUGUCUGCAUGUCCGGACUGGACUCCGUUGGAGCCACGCUUCCGCUGUCGAGGAACUCUGCGCGAGCUCGUCGCGCUCCCAAAGGUGGUUUUGUACUGCCAUUCUCUGGAUGUUGGCUUGGCCAAAGUGCACCACCUUAUUGAGGCACAAGAUGUGAACGGCUUGGUCGUGCGAGUCAGCAGUAACCGCCUGUGUAGCUUGUGCCGGGAGGGGACUGCCGGGACCGAGAUGUCAGUGACACUAGUAUCUUGCAACAGCAAGAACUGGCCGGAUAUUUGCAUUCGCUCCAGCUUGUUGUGCAAGCAUCUUCCGAAAGGUUUCACUCUGUAUGGUUUUCCGUCUGUGGACAUUUCGAGAGGGAAGGCAAUGCUGACGGCAGCAUACCAGGACGAACAGGGCCAAAUAGUCCUGGUCCGAGCCUGGCAUCGGGUAUGCAAAGAUGACGGCAGAGGGGAUGUCGAACUGAACAUUGGUGGCGACAUGAACUGUGCAUCUUCAGUACAUGCCCAGAAAGCUAGUGCAUUUUGGGGUACCGUCCGCAAAGAUGCAUGCGAGGUGGAUAUCAUCUUCUGCAACCCCCGACGUGGAACCAGGUACACGGUGGAGAAGGUCGUGUCUGUCAUUGCCAACAGUGGUCGGCUGAGGCUGUCCUUGGGUGUCAGCGUUCCA